GGGAACUUUGAUGGAGGACGCGGAAUUCUGCAAAAUAUCUUCAGUUUUUUGCACUUUCUACUAAAGAACAGAUUGGGCAACAUGUUCACAAACGUGCGGUACCAUACGUAAAGGCAGCAUGUCAUCGGAUGAGGGAAGUGGCGGAAUCCAAGGGAAGUUGAGUCUUCCUGGUUACCUGCCUGAGAAGUCAAUCCUGCAACCCAAGCUUAACGCCAUCUUUGCUGAGGUUGAGAAAAAUCUUCCAACUAUUGAUUUCGAUACAUCAGAUAUCAGCUCGGAUGAAGAAGUUGGCAUCUUUCAACGCUCUAUAAAGAAACCAACACUUGAUCUUGAAGAUCUACAUGAUGAGAAAGAUAUUGAUGAAAGUGAAUUGUCUGAUGGAUUUGAAGCUUUAAAUCCUGUUAAUAACACGGAUCAAAAAGUUGGAGAUAUUGACAUAGAUUUGCUAGGUAGGCUUGACAAACGUUUACAGGAGGAAUGGAGUCGGGAUGUACCUAAACAGCGGCCAUUUUCUGCACCAGCAGCUAAUGGUGACCACAUUAACCAAAAUGAGCUUGUUAAAAACAAAAUAAAUGACUCUGCUAAAGCAAGCAUUAACGUCUCUAGCCCUCCUAAUCCUAUGCUACAAAACUGGACAAUUGAGGCAAACGAAACAACAAUUGAGGCAAAUGAAUUAACAAAUGAGGCAAAUGAAUCACCAAAUGUCAAUGAGAAGUCCACCUCAAUUGGAGUUUCAUCAAAUGAACUAUGGGAUGAGAAUCAGAAUAAAAAGUAUCAUGCUCAAGAAAAAGCGAAGAAAAAAGCUCAAAAAUCCAAGCGUGAUGAAGUGAUUAUGUCUAAGUUAUUGCCCAAAGAGAACACAGUAUUAUCUCUACAAGGUCUGGAUAGUCUAGAUAUUGAUUUACCAAGUGUCACUCCUCAAAGCUUCCAGUUAGACGAGACACUGGGGGGUGGAGAAGUGGGGGCCUCAAGAGCCAAAGAGCCCAGUAUUGAACAGGGUAGUAUUCUCCAACAACUAGCUGAGUUGUCAAUGAAGCAAUCUGGCAAAGAAAUCAACAGUAUUGACCCGAAAACAGGGGCUAUUAAGAAGAAACCUCUACCUCCAAAAGCUACUAAAACCACCAGGAAUAAGAAUCAAUCUACUAAGCCAGAUGUACGUAAGCAGACGUGUUCAAUGGGAACAAACACCAAUGACUUGCCUACGCCACCUACCCCGUCCUCUAGGCCAGAAGUACAUAAAACCCCCCAGCCUGAUACAGUCUAUAUGGACCUGAGGAAUUUCGACAAGAAUCGCCAAAAGGAGCAAAUGAACAGUGACGCAAUUACUCGCAUCCUUAAACUACAAGAGCCCAGCGGUUCUGUAAGCUCAGAUUCGGAUUCUGAUGAUGAAGAUUGGAGAGAACAGAGACUGCAUCUGAAACAAAAGUUAUCUAAAGAUAACAAGAACCAUGGUCAGGAUACAGCAUGUAAACAACCCAAGCAGCAUAGGCCAGUUCCAAAGAGGCCCCCCAUGCUGUCUCCACGGACACCAUUGACAGUUGUCACUCCAAACAAUGCUCCGCCUCCAAACAAGAAUUUAUCUGGAACAGGAACACCCCCUAAUACCCCUACUGAGACAAAAGACAAUAUCACGGAUGAGCAGAAACAGACAGAACUUGAAAUGGCUCUAGAAAGGGAGAAAAAACGCAGAUUUGAGAUUGCCCAAAAGUUACGAGCUGAGCGAGAUCAUGAGCGUCAAUCGAGAAUGAGGCUAAGUAAACGAUUAGAGGCAUUGCGUCCUUCCACCUCUGUUCGUGGCAAACAACCCUCUGGUGAGGCCACUCCAACAUUGUUCAAUGUGGAGUGUAGUUAUGAGCCUGCCCCCCUUCCCCUGCCCAAUGUACUUGCAGACAGUACAGAGCUCACAUUACUCACAGUUUACCUGGCUAGUAAUGGCCAUAUGACCACCCAUAGGGGAUCUGGGAACAAGCCAUUAGACCCAGCCUUGGGGAUGUCUGCCAGUUACCAGUCACUGAUUACAUGGCUACUGACUCUAGUACCAGACAACUUUGAUACAUUCUCCACUGGCACUGGAGACAUAGUACUCUCCUGCCCUGCACCUUUCCAUGUGUUAGGCCUACAACAAGUGUGUUUAGAAGAUCAGCUUUGUUUACAAGUUGCCGUGGCACCUAAUCAACAAUACAUGGCGUUGACACAAAAACAAAAGAAAUUGAAGGGUGGGGGAAAAGGUGGCCAAUUCCAGCAGUUGCUUAGCAAGUUCCUAUCUGGUUCAACCCUGCAAUCUACCUGCCCCUGGCUAGCAGCCCUUGUCUCAACCAACCUGACCCCUGCAGGUUCCUCCCCCUCCCACAGCUUCACUUACAGACCCCCACUGCCCAAUAUAACCACCAAGCCGCUAUCAACAUUCAUACAAAUCAACCCAGACUCUACAGCCGUCCGCAAAACAUUUGGAGCAAAUGUUGGAUUUUUCUGGCAGACUAUUGAAAAUGAGGAGGCAUUUUUUGAUAAUAAUAUGGAGCUUGAUUCAGUGGGAUAUGAGACACAAAACACUAUGAGUUUGAUAUAUAAGAAGGUAUAUAAAGACCCCACAGCUACAAUGGGUAUACUCAACCGUGCACUUCAGGAAGGUUUAGAUCUGGCUGGUGUACGACUUCUAUACCCGACACAGUCUGUUUUGAAUGCAGCCAAUCCAUCCAACCAAUCACCUACAAGUAAUGACAAUCAAUCAGAUUUAGAUACACUGAAUAAAAUCGGCCCUAUUCUGGCGAUAGCAUUACGUGGGACAUUUGCACGGUCUCUAUGGCUGGAUGCUUUAGGUCCAUCAGAUCCUCAGUUGGCACGAAGAACUGACCCAAAUUCCCUAUGUGCAUUAUAUGGUGGUAAACACAGGGAUGAGUGUUUAAUAUUCAGUCCUAGGAAUCCUAGUAGGGUUCAGUCAGAGCUCUGCCGAUGGUUUGGAGGACGGGUCCCAGCUAAUGGGGUCAUAGAUGUUGGAACUACAACAUCAUCGAAACAACGUCAUCGAAGUGGUAGCCCCAGUUCUAAAGGCUUAAUUAAAAAACAGCUAGAACUCCCAGAACCAGAAGUAAAAAUAAGCAUCAAUCGUCCACCAGCCACGUUGACUGCUACGACAAGUGGUGAUGUUUUUGUUGCUAUAUCCCCCCUUGUGCCAGUCAAAUGUCUGGGGGUGAUACUAGCCACGUGUCAGCGUAGGGGAUACCAGCUGAGGGGGGUCAGAAGACUCAAAUUGUCCUCAAAGAGAGCCAAUAGUUUAGGUAUUCCAAAUGUUUAUACACAUGUAUAUUGCCCUGGAAGUGACUCCAAACCUACAUCACCUCGAUCACCAGAUGCCCUAAGCCCACCAGAUGCUCUCCAUUCAAGACACAGAUGCCCUACUACAUUACUUUUACUUCAUAAGGAGAAUGCAAUGCAUAAUUGUGGAGGGCUUCUGGAAAACUUCAUGCUGCAAAUGUCUUUGCAGGCCAUUCUAGGUGAAAUCCAGCAGUCCACUGAUCAACCCCUAUGCACGGGGCUUCUAUUCCAUGCUACCCCAUACAGUGACUCACAGUUACAUGCUCUAGGUGGAGACUUCAGCAAGGUGCCGGAACAUGACCAGAUCCGUAGUCCUGGAUACAUUGCCCCAAAACUUCAUACUAACCCAGAGAUGGAACAGACGGUGUGUCUAACCCUGACUGGUCAUCUGCUCAUGAAAACAUUUGGUCUAUAUUUAGGAAAACUGCUGAACCUUGUUCCAUGUUCUAAGGCACCCUACCCCAUGCCAUUCUCCGAAGGUUUUGAGCUACUGGCUAUAAAAUGGCUACCUGGUCUCAGCUCAACACAGGCUAAGGAACUCACACCAUAUGAAGUAGGAAAUAAACAGUGGAAACCCAGUAUACAUCAACUUACAUCAGAGCCUGCAGUAAUACUUGCUGUUCGAGGCAUAAAUGCCUUCCAGCGUUUGGAGAACUACAUUCUCUCUAAGCCUGGAGGCUUGAAGGGCCAGUCCCUCGACAAGUUAAUGUCUGUCACCCCAGAACUUGCAUACAGACAGAUAACAAUGUUCUUCCAAAGUUGGGAACUCUUUUCUGACCCCCAGGCUCGCAGUUUGUUACCCUAUUUACCCCCUCCAAGAUAUGCUUUAACUAUCGAAGACAGCUUAAGCCCCCGUGCCAGAAAGACUCGUUCAAAAACAUCAGUGAAAGACACCUCACAUGCGAACUUAGAAGACAACAUCUUGGAUAGUCUAGUAUAUGGCCCAAGACCUCUGACAACCACACUGGUGAUUAAGCCAGUUGCAGUUCAUAAACAUCUGGCCAAGAUUCUCAGAAGACUCACCUUGGAGGGUUUCACUCUUGCUGCUGUGAGACUCACAAUGUUGGAUACACAACAAGCAUCACAUCUAGUCCCUAUACAAGAUAAACAGAAUGAAGUUUUAAUGAAGAUGCAUAUAGAGCACCUAACGUCUGGUCCAUGUAUGUUACUAUGUGUACAGAGAGAGAAUGCAGUGAAGAAACUCUUAGAUCUGAUUGGUCCAGUGGACCCCCUUGUUGCCCGUAGAACCAACUCCUUACUUUGGCGAGGCCUAUUUGGCACAGAUACAGUCUCCAAUGCAUUAUAUGCAUCAAGCAGCUACAUAAGGGCAGUAGAGGAUGAGAGACUGUUCUUCCCAGAUGGCCUGACUUGCUCACCAACCCCAGAAUUAACCGCAGAUCAGAUCCAUUGCAGUGUUGAGGAUGUCGUGACAGGUAGCAGUCCAUCACGUGGAGUUGCAACACACACAGAUUCAACUGAUGUAGUGAGAUCAUUGAUGCAAACGAAUUGUGUCCUCUUGGCGCCACCUUUAUUUAAGAAAGAGAAGCGAAGCAGGAACUUUGCUCUUGCAGAUAUUUUAGAGGGGCUUCUCACUCAUGGGUUUGAGGUUGUUGGGUGUCGUAUGAUUGUCCUAUCAGAACCCCAGGCCCAGGAGUACCAGCAUCUCAUGGGGACAGGGGAUUUCAGUCUGACCCCCAUACUCACAUCUGGGCCCAGUCUUGUCUUAGCUGUCCAACGAGAUAAUGCAGUAGUUAGCUUUGAUAGUCACCUUGGCGCCACCUAUCAGAGUGAUUCUGUCAAUGCAAAGUAUGGUCAGCAUUUACUUCGACCUAAAUCUGUAACACAGGCCCACAAACACCUUGCAUUCUUCUUUGAUGAGUUACUACCUGGUGCUCAAGUUAGCAUUACAAAGUGAAACUACAACGACAGACAGCAACAAUACAAUAAGUCAGCAGUACCAUGACAGUGACACAAUGGUACCAGGAAACAACAGUACCCUUAAAAGUGCCAACAAAGGGAAUAAAAUGAGCAGAAUAAUCGUAUUGGCUUUUUUGUUUGAAACAGCCUUUUUUCCUGGUUUCCAUAACACAAAUCUCAUUUAAUCUGAGUCUCUGAUUCAGCUGGCAAACACGGAGAAUGUAACACUUUGAAGAAUCUCAGUCCAUGUUAAAGCAGAAUGUACUUUACUGUUGGAUUUGUGAGUAAGAAAAAUGUGACAGAGAUGUGACUUAGAAAAAUGUGACAGAGACGUGGCUUAGAAAUGUGACAAAGUGUAAUGAUGUUGGCAACUGUGAUAUAUUAAAACCUAGCUUAUGGGCUCAAAAUAAUUCUUAUCCGUCCAAUUUUGCCGUCCAGUGAUUCUCCACUCCACAAUGUGAUAUGUUACAGAGAAAUAUGAGUAUGAACCAUUUGCAUGAAUGCAUAUACCUUUUAUGAAAUAUAUAUUUUCCAAUCCUCUAUGUAGUAUUGGUGAGCCCAUGUGAUGCCACAUUAAAGCCCCCGAUAAAUCGGGCU